AUUAAUUCUUCACUAUCUGGUUUUUCCCUGUAGAGUACUAAUAGUUCUUUAUUUCCUUAGAUAGAGUACUUAUUUCAUAGAUUUUAAUAAUCUGCUUGUCUAGGAUGAUUAUGCUUUGCUUUGGUGAUCACAAAGAAUACCAAGAAGUGGGAAGAAGCAACUCCGGUUUAUCAUAUUUGCCAAAACCUAUCAGCUCCAUUCAACAUAUAUAGCAUUUCCAAGUUUAGCAUUUGCAGCCCAAGUGGUCUACCGGCCAUUGUUGCUACUAUUUCUUUGGAAUCUUUGGAAUCUCAGGAGAAAAGGGGGAUUCUUAAACUUGGGGCAUCAAACUUCCAGAUUAGGUGGGGAAGGACUAUGAUGAUCUAAAGGUAGAUUUGGAGUUAGAGCUUCGACUUCUUUGACAUGGAUGAAUGACAUGUAUGUGUAAAAGAGCUGAAUCCUAAGACCGCCACACUACUGCCACUGCCAUCCAUCUCUCUCUCUCUCUCUGGUUAUUUAUAAGGUUGAACAAUUUGGAUCUAGCUGUCAAUUUUGCCAAAAGUUAAUUGGGGGAAUCUUCAUGCUAUUAAUUAGCUUAUAAGCUUUUCACUUUGUCUGUUUGCUUAUAGCCCUUAGUUUGUUACUUGCAUGAUGAAUUCAAGUGUUGUGCUGCCCUGAAAAUUUUCUUCUAUAGCCAUGCUACAGCAAGUUUCUGCUAAAAACACUAGCUGAAAAACCAGAAAAUACCACUUACCUCAAUUAAAAACUCCCAUCGAGUUGAAGAGCAACAUAUACAGAACAACGAAAUAUUGAAACAGACUUAUUUACAUCUUAAAUUUUCUAAAUCAGCUCUUUCUAAAAUCAACCACCCCAUACAUCAUGAGGAGGAUUAGACCUAUCCAAACACAGCGCUGAAUUCCCUUCAGCACCUUCUAUAGCUGAAAAAUCUGCAAUCUGAUUAGUUUCAAUAUAUCCGAAGAUCUUGGUGGGUAAAACUUGACACCAUGCCCAUCUAUACCAAGAAAUUAGAUUAGCCUUUACAGGUGUAUCUUCCCCCCUUCGAGGACAAUAAGGUAUAGCAUUAAUCUGAGAUGCCAAAUCCGAUCCUCAAUGGUCCUGUAAUUUAACCAAAUUCUGCUCAGAUGAAGGCAUGACCUCUCAAGUUUCAAACCUUCUUGCCAACCACAUCAACUUUUUGAGCCAUCAAUAUUUGAUGGCUGCUUCUUUGAAGGAUUCGGGUGUUUGGAUCUGGAAAGGACGGGCCAUAACAAGCGUCGAGCUCCCAUAUAGAAAAUUUCACGCUGACUAAUAAGGAUAUAUCUCAUGACAGCGUGCAAUGCACCUCUCGGCCUUAACCAUUGCUGUGACAGCGGCUACAAUUGAUUUUCUAGCAUUCCUGUAAUCAUGCUCUACUUACGUAUAUUCAGUGCAUGAUCUAAGGCUAGACAAGUUUCCAUAUUUAUCCUGACAGCUACAAUGUAAAUAGCUUAUAUAUAUGUAAUGUUAUGACAUCCAAUACAGGAGAGUUUCCUUCAUAAGAUAUAUUGUUUUAUGGUAUCAAAGCGUCAUCCGUGACCUCUGUCAACUUCCUCUCUAAUGGCCGGCUCUUCUCCCCUGUCCGUCAACCCAGCCAACAUUCAAAGCUUAGUGACAGUGAAAUUAACCAAAGACAAUUAUCUUCUAUGGAAAACUCAAGUCCUCCCAUAUCUGCGUGGACAACAGCUUUUCGGGUUUGUGGAUGGAUCUACUCCUCCACCACCUAUAACCAUUCCCGAUCCCAACACAGCCACCUCUUCCGAUACGACGGCAGAAAUUCCAAACCCAAAAUUCACCACCUGGUAUCUUCAAGAUCAGGUAGUACUUAGCACCUUGGUGUCUUCCCUGUCUGAAGGCAUCCUUGCUCAAAUGGUCGGCCUUACCACCUCCAGAGAAGUGUGGUUGUCACUAGAGAAAAUGUUCUCUGCGCAUUCAACCAUCCGUGCUAUCCAAACUCGUCAAUUCAUGGCAACAACCAAGAAAGGUAAUCAAUCUAUCUCUGAAUAUUUUCAGAAAAUGAAGUCUUUUGCAGAUACCUUAGCUGCCAUUGGACAGCCUCUGCUUGAUCAAGAGUUCACAGGCUCUGCUUGAUCAAGAGUUCACAGCGUAUCUACUGGGUGGUCUCGACACCACCUAUGAUGCUAUAGUCACCUCAAUUUCCACUCGCAUUGAUCAAAUGCCCAUUGAAGAAAUGUUCAGUCAUCUUCUCAACUUUGAACUCAGACUUGAACAACACCACUCUACUCUUGAAGCCACCGUAGGGACAGCUAAUGUAGCAAUGAGACAGGACUCACAUUCACGAGGUGGGAAACAACCACAAUAUCAGCGCUCCUCUCAUCAACAAUAUCGGGGCCGUGGACGCAACACCCUUGGACGAGGGAAUCAUUUUUCCCCUUCUGGCCAAUUUUCGCCAUCUCAGUCCAACAAUACUCGGCCAACUUGUCAGGUAUGCAACAAAACUGGACACACGGCCAUCCAGUGCUAUCACCGAUUUGAUCAAGCCUUUCAAGGACCUCCUCCCAACAUGGCUGCAUAUCUGACUGCACCUUCCUCUGCAUCUGAUACAAACUGGUAUCCCGACACUGGCUCAACAAAUCAUCUCACCCAUGAUCUUCAAAACCUCAACCUUCAUGCUGAACCUUACGUUGGCAAUGAUCAAAUACAAGUGGGAGAUGGGGCAGGUUUGCACAUUCAACACAUUGGUUCUACUACUCUGGAUACUUCUACUCGUUCUUUCUCUUUAUCCAAUUUAUUACAUGUGCCUACCAUUAAGAAAAAUCUUUUGUCUGUUCGGCAAUUCACUGACGAGAAUAACGUGUUUAUUGAGUUUCAUUCCUCUUAUUUUUUGGUGAAGGACGAAGCCACGGGGACAACACUUCUACGCGGCAACACUAAAGAUGGCUUAUACACUUUUCCAACCCCCUCACACUCCUCUCCUCAGACCAAUUAUUGUCAACGUGCUCCUCUUGACGUCUGGCAUUGUCGCAUGGGACAUCCCUCAUACGCCACCGUUCGUCAACUCGUCUCAAAAUUUUCUCUUCCAGUUUCAACAAAUAAAAAUCCCGGUGUUUGCCCCGCUUGUCAACAAGGGAAAAGCCAUCGACUUCCUUUUUCUCCUUCGACGUCAAUUUCUCAAAUGCCUCUUGACUUAAUAUUUUCUGAUGUAUGGGGACCUUCCCCAAUUUUAUCAUCAAAUGGAAAUAAAUAUUAUGUUUCAUUUGUUGAUCAUUUCAGUAAAUAUACAUGGCUUUUUCCCAUUUCUUAGAAAUCCGAUGUCAUGAAAAUUUUUAUUUCUUUUCAAAAGCUUGUUGAACGACAGUUUAAUUGCAAAAUCAAAUCUGUCCAAACAGAUUGGGGCGGUGAGUUUCGCUCCUUACAUACUUUUUUUGCCACUGUUGGAAUCCAACAUCGCGUGACUUGUCCACACACUUCCGAACAAAAUGGCUCAGUUGAAAGGAAACAUCGCCAUAUCGUCGAAACCGGCCUUUCUCUUCUAUCUCAUAGUAGUGUUCCUCACCUCUACUGGGCUGAUGCUUUUCUUACCGCCGCGUACCUUAUUAAUCGUCUUGCCACGUCUCCUCUUGGCAUUUCUCCACAUGAAAAAUUACAUAAACAAGCACCCGAUUUUUCCUCUUUCAAAAUUUUCGGUUGUGCAUGCUUUCCUUUCCUUCGUCCUUUCAACAAACACAAACUUGAUUUCCGAUCUAAACUUUGUGUUUUCCUUGGCUAUAGUAAUCUUCAUCGCGGUUAUAAAUGUCUUUAUCUCACUUCCGGUCGCAUUUUUGUCUCUCGUCAUGUGAUAUUUGACGAAGCUUCUUUUCCGUUUCGUACUCCUCCUCCAUCGUCUGCCACUUCAUCUGCAUCUCCCUCUACAACAUCUUUUCUCCCUUUCGUCUUCCCUCCAACCGACACAGACGCACUCCCAUCUCAGCCUGCUUCCCUUCCUAUGUCUUCUCAUUCAACCGAGUCUUCCCUUCCGUCAGUCCCAUCUGAAUCAACAUCGUCUGGACCCUCCACUCCUCCUCCCGACUUCCUACAGCCCUCCUCUGCCUCUCCCCUGCCAUCUGAUAGUGCUGCUGCCGAAGAACUCCCUCCACUUCGUACUCACCCCAUGAGGACUCGAGCUCAGAAUAAUAUUGUCAAAGCUAAAGUCCCUACAGAUGGCACGGUUCGGUAUCCUCUUCCUCGGGCGUUACUCACCUUUGGCUCUGUUCCUGAAGCACCCACGUGCUACUCCGAGGCCUGCAAAUUUCGAGAAUGGCGUGCUGCCAUGGAUGCUGAAUUUUCAGCUCUAAUGAAACAAGCUCCCAUAUAUAAAAUUUCAUGUAUAAAAUUUCAUGUUGGCUUCAUGUGUAAUGCUCUCUUUUCCCUCACACCCAAUCCUCUCUCAUCGAUAGGCUGACAUACCUUUUCCCAAGCAACCAUUUUUUCUUUACUUCACCUUCUCUAUCUCUCCAAAGAGAAAAAGUCAGAGAAGCGCUUGGUAAUAAACCUCGAAACUAAUUUGGGCACAUUCAGAACAGAGAGCAAAUGAAUUGGCAUGCUUGAUAAAACAUACUUAAUCAAGACUAAUUUUCCCCCAUUGUUCCUUUUAAUGAGAAUAGGUACACCAAGAUAUGUAAAAGGAAACAAAUUAUCCCUAAAAAGCCAAUUUCAUCCAGCAUAAUAUGUUUCCUAGAAACAAGAGCAUUUUUUUCCUUCCACUUACUAAAUACUUCAGAUAAACUCUUCAAGGAUUUAUUGGAUUGGUUUUGGAAAAUAACAAUGCCGUCAGUGUAUAAAAGAAAACCAAAGGCCAAACAUAUCCAUAAAAAUCUCCAUUCAAGUCUACCAUAAGCUUUUUCCAUAUUAAACGUUAUGUUGGGCCCUGAGAAUUAUCGACGUGGACUACUCUCUGUCAUUGAAAGCAAAACCUGUUUUGUCUCUAAAAUCCCCAGCGAGAGACCAUUUCUUAAUUUUGAGCAGAGAUGACCAUUAUUUUGUGUUUACCACCCUCAUUGAAAGCAAAACCUGUUUUGACACAAAUUCCAUGAUAGGUGGAUUUUGGAUAGUACAUGGUUUUUCUGUAUUUGCCAUCUUGUAGGUUUGAGGAGUGGGGCUUUGAGAAAGGGUGGGGGAACACUGCAGAAAGCGUUCAGGAGAAUGUUAGGAUGCUUUCUAAGGUACUCCAAGCAAUGUUAUGAAAAUAAUAUGAUGUCGAUUAGAAAAUGUGAUACCCAAAAGAAAAUUUAGAUCAAAAGAAUUUCUAGAAGUGGGGAAUCUUUUCAAAAGAAAAUUUAGAUCAAAAGAAUUUCUAAAAUUUAGAAAAUGUCGAUUUACCUCAAUUAAUUUGGAGCUAGCCGGCAAUCAUGCUAGAAGUGGGGAAUCUUUUAAUCUAUAGCUGGAAUUCAAGUGUUGUGUUGCCCUGAAAAUUUUCAUCUACAGCAGAUGUCGAUUUGCUUUUAAGUGUUGAAACGAACGACAUACGAAUGAUAGGAAUUUUUGGAGUUGGCGGAAUUGGUAAGACAACUCUAGCCAAAGCGAUUUAUAAUUCGAUUGCUUUUCGAUUUGAAGCUCGUUGUUUUCUUGCAAUUGUUAGCGACACUUCGAAUCAAGCGGAUCGUUUGGUCCAAUUGCAGCAGACACUUCUCUUUAAGAUUUUAGGAAAAUGUAAAAGUUUGAAGAUUGACAAUAUUGAGACGGAAAUCAGCACUAUAAAGCGUAGGCUUUCCUCUAAAAGAGUUCUUCUAAUUCUUGACGGUGUAGACCACUUGAGGCAAUUAGAAACAUUAGCAGGAGCUCAUGAUUGGUUUGGUAAAGGAAGUAGAAUCAUCAUCACAACAAGAGAUCAACACUUGUUGACUACUCAUGGAGUUGAUUCAACAUAUGAGAUGAUGGGAUUGAAUCAAAAUGAUGCUUUUCAGCUAUUUUGUUGGCAUGCUUUCAAAAGAGAGAUACCGGAUGAUGGUUUUGGAGAGUUUGUAGAAAGGAUCGUAAAUUAUGCUGGGAGGCUUCCACUAGCUUUAACAGUGCUUGGUUCAGAUUUAUGUGGUAGAAGUGAACGUCAGUGGGUAAGUGCAAUGGAUGAGUAUAAGCAAAUCCCUCACCAAGAUAUUCAAAAAAUACUUCAAACAAGUUAUAAUAGAUUAAGUGAAAAUGAAAAGAAUGUUUUUCUUGACAUUGCAUGUUUUUUCAAUGGACAAGUACGGCUUGAUGAUGUCAUUACAGAGAUACUAGUUAGUUUUGGUUUUCAGCCAGACUUUACAAUCCCAAAACUUAUGGAAAAGUGUCUUAUUUCGGAAUGCCGCGGAAAAUUACAAAUGCACUCCUUGUUACGAGAUAUGGGUAGAGAAAUUGUUCGAAGAGAAUCGCCCAACAAUCCAGGUGCAUGUAGCAGAUUAUUCUUUCAUGAUCAUGUUCAAGAAGUACUGCAAGAAGAUACAGGAACAAUUAGUGUAGAAGCAAUUUUUGCAGAUUUUCCUAAAGGUGAUGAUAUCAUCCACUUGAGUCUCGAGGCCUUCAAGAAUAUGAGAAGGCUCGGAUUAUUUAGAUGUCUCAAUGCACACUUUUCUGAAGAAUUACCUGAUUGUCUACCAAAUAAAAUAAGCAUAGUUGAUUGGCCAAACUGUCAUUUACAAUCUAUGCCAUCUAAAUUUCGUGGAGAAAGACUCUUUAUUUUACGAAUGCCUGGUAGUCACAUCCAGGAGAUACCCUUAUUUAAGAAUCUCAUGGUUAUGAAUUUCCGUGGUAGUGGACGUAUAACGGAACUCUCAGAUGUUUCAAGGUGCCCCAAUUUGAAGAAAAUAAAUCUUCGAGAUUGUACAAGUCUAGUCAAAAUUCAUGAUUCUGUUGGAUUUCUUGAUGAGCUUGUUAAAUUAAAUCUUGCUGGAUGUUCCAAUCUAAGGAGCUUUCCAAGGAGACUCCAGUUGAGAUCUCUGGGAUUCCUUGAUCUUAGUAAUUGCUCAAGCCUUCAAUACUUUCCUGAAAUCGAAUGUGAAAUGAAACAUUUAGGCCAUGUUGACUUAACAGGCACAGCAAUAGAAGAGUUGCGUUCAUCCAUUGAGAACAUCACUAGGCUUGGAUUUUUAGACCUAAGUAGCAGCGUAAAACUUAAGUGUCUACCACGUAGCAUUCAUAAGUUAAGAUCUCUAGGGUGGCUUGAUCUCAGCGAUUGUCCAAAUAUUAUAAGUUUUGGGACGGAGGAGGAGGUGCAUGGUGGACAACGCACGCCUCCAACAAAACCAACCACUGAUCUUGAAUUGCAUCUUAAAAACUCUAGCCUAUCAAGAUCGAAUUUCUUUGGACCAUUUCAUUUCUUUCCCAAUCUGACAGUAUUAGAUCUAUCAGGCAGUGAUAUCGUAAGCAUUCCUGCAAGCAUCGAAAGAUUUUAUUGGUUGAGGGAUCUUAUACUGAAUGAUUGCAGGCAACUUAAAGAAAUUGAAGAGUUUCCAAUGGAACUAUCAGUAUUACGGGCUAACGGAUGCAUUUCACUAGAAAGUUUAUCAAAUCCAUCAUCAAUUAUUUUCCCUCGCUCACUAAGUUCGAUUAAAUUGGCUAGAUGCUCUAAAGUGAAUAUGGGGAAGUUGAUGCCAUAUAUUAUGAGUCCGCAUGUCAAAUCAGAUUCCGCAUGGCCUCAAUUGAUAUAUAUAUAUAUAUAUAUAUAUAUAUAUAUAUAUAUAUAUUAUGAUGUAUUCAUCCAACAGGAGGCUAACAUGAUAUUUCCGGGAAAAAAGUUUCCAGAUGGGUUCAUGUAUUGUAAGGAGACUUCAAAUGAUCAUCGGUGUGAAUUUGAUAUUCGAUCGGCUGAGAUGGUUGGCCUCGAUAGAAUUUGUUUUUGUGCUAUUAUUGAACCCGUUGGGAGGUUUUGGAGCGUUGACAUGAUGAUAGGAUCAGUUGCCUACGACAGUAACCAUUAUGUUGGAAAAUUUGAUGAAAUGGAUUCAGAUCAUGUAUGGUUGCAGUACUUCACCUCAGAAGAUGUUAAGCUCAAACGAGGGAUCAGUUUAGAUCAGGCUGACAAUCUGAGGAUUAUAUUUGAAAGCAAUCCAAAGUCAGUGAUCUUAAAACGUUGCGGAGUUCAUCUGUUCUACAAGCGGCAUGGACAACAGAGGCAUCCUGUUGAUUAUGAUGAUGAUUGCAACAAGCCUGUUUCAACCUUGGACAUCGAACUUUUUCUGUACACUAGUGACAUGUGCCAUAAUGUCUGAUUAUGGUUGACUUCAAAUUUGUUUCAAACUCAAACUCAAUAUUAGGUGCGGGAGCAGCUUGAUCUAUAGAUUAGUUUUACACCCUCCA